AUGCUGAGCCAUGGCGCGUUGAUAUGCACAUCAAUGCUCUUUUUCGCGUUAUGGAUGGACACACCUUCUCCACACCUGCAUGACGAUAUUCCUGUAUACUCUCCAGCAAUUGGUGCUGUUGAGUCCGUGAUCGUAAGAUUCAAUGGAACACUCGACUUUCCUUCCAUCUAUCGUGGCCCUCCUUCCCCAGAAAUUGAUGCCGCUUGGGCCAGGAUCGCUCACGAUGUGCUACCAACUCGAAUGUCGCUUGAGGAAAUUCUCAAAGCCGGCGAAGUAGAUUCACCUUCCAAGGUCAAAUAUCCACCCAAAUUUGGUGGGGGUUUCAUGGUAUCCAUGGAAGCCCCUCACCAACUCCAUUGUCUAAAUUUACUUCGCAAAGCCUCGUGGCCCGAGUAUUACGGAUCCACAGAAACUUCAUUCCAGGACACGCCCAAAGUAUUCCGCAUGUAUCUUGAUCAUUGCAUUGAAAUGAUCAGGCAGAAUAUCAUGUGUAAUGUCGACGUGAUGAUGAUAACAUGGGACUGGGUUCAGGGACACAAAGUCCCAUUCCCUAAUUUCAACACCCGCCACCAAUGCAGGAACUACGAGAAAAUCUUGGAUUGGGCUGUCAAGCACGCUGUUCAUAUCGAUAAAUCCGAGGUCACUCGCUUCGAAGAUACGGUUGACCUUCCCCUACCCUCCGAUCUGAUGCACCAUAACGUAUAAGGAAUAUCGUGCUGCUCACUCACUACAUACUACAUUUACGAGUAUCUUGCAAGAACGACAAUAAUUAAGAGCUUAGUC